GAUUAGAAACAGGUCGGACCUGAGAGAAAACCACAGCUUUUUGACAUCACUUCACAACGCCCUCCCCCUCUCUCUCUUUCUCCUCUCGCACUUCUCCAGAUCUCCCAUCUCUUUCCGAUUCCUCCAAUCCCUUCUCUUCCCUCCAAAUUUUCCACAAACCCUCGCCACGCUCCGUCCUGCUUCCCGCCAAGAAGAGCUUCUACUGACCAAAACCCAGAGUCCAGAGAGAAACGAGAGGGAGAUGGCGAAGGACGAGGAGGAGUUCCGGGGAGAGGUGGAGGAGAGGCUGAUCAACGAGGAGUACAAGAUAUGGAAGAAGAACACCCCCUUCCUCUACGAUCUGGUCAUUACCCACGCCCUCGAGUGGCCUUCCCUCACCGUCCAGUGGCUGCCGGACCGGGAGGAGCCCGCCGGCAAGGACUACUCCGUCCAGAAGAUGGUGCUUGGCACCCACACCUCCGAUGGCGAGCCCAACUAUCUGAUGCUCGCCCAGGUCCAGCUCCCCCUCGAGGACUCCGAGGCCGACGCCCGCCAGUACGACGACGAGCGCGGGGAGAACGGGGGGUUCGGAUGCGCCAGUGGGAAGGUGCAAAUUAUCCAGCAGAUAAAUCAUGAUGGCGAGGUUAAUCGUGCUCGCUAUAUGCCUCAAAACCAGUUCAUUAUCGCGACAAAAACAGUUAGUGCAGAGGUCUAUGUUUUUGACUAUAGCAAGCAUCCAUCAAAGCCUCCUCUUGAUGGUGUAUGCAAUCCUGAGUUGAGGUUAAGGGGUCACAGUUCUGAAGGAUAUGGCUUAUCUUGGAGCAUAUUUAAGCAAGGUUUUCUGCUAAGUGGCUCUGAUGAUGCUCAAAUAUGCUUGUGGGACAUCAAUGCAGCUCCUAAAAAUAAGGCUCUUGAUUGUCUACAGAUUUUUAAGUUCCAUGAAGAUGUUGUUGAAGAUGUUGCUUGGCAUUUAAGGCAUGAGUAUCUGUUUGGGUCUGUUGGUGAUGAUCGUCAUCUACACAUAUGGGACCUGCGGACACCCUCAGCGACUAAGCCAAGUCAGUCUGUUGUUGCUCAUAAAGGUGAAGUUAACUGCUUAGCAUUCAACCCCUUCAAUGAGUGGGUGGUAGCAACUGGAUCAACUGAUAAAACUGUUAAAUUAUUUGACCUUCGCAAGAUAAAUACUGCGUUGCAUACCCUUGAUUGCCACAAAGAAGAAGUUUUCCAAGUUGGUUGGAACCCGAAGAAUGAGACUAUAUUAGCAUCUUGCUGCCUGGGUAGGAGGCUCAUGGUGUGGGAUCUUAGCAGGAUUGAUGAGGAACAAACGCCAGAAGAUGCAGAGGAUGGCCCGCCUGAGCUUCUCUUCAUUCAUGGUGGGCACACGAGCAAAAUAUCCGAUUUCUCAUGGAACCCACGCGAUGAAUGGGUCAUUGCCAGCGUAGCUGAAGAUAACAUCCUUCAGAUUUGGCAGAUGGCAGAAAACAUCUACCAUGAUGAAGAUGAUUUGCCUGGUGACAAAACCAACUAAAGCCCCAUAGCAUUCAGAUUCUUUGCACUGCCUGGAUGUGUUCACCUUGUGAAAGGAAAAGAGGUUAUGAAGAUGGUGAAAGAUCUGGAUUUUGCCUUCCAUGUUUUGGCUCCCUAGUGGAAUGACAUACCGAGUAUACCAAGCUUCUAUCUUGUACUAAUUUAUGAUGUUUAGAUUUUGAGACACCAAGCUAUCUUGUACUAACUUAUGAUGUGCAUGUCUUGAGUCAUGUUUAGUUCCAGUUGGUGAUGACUGCCUUUCUUUGUCUUGAAUGCUGAUUUAUGUUGAAGCAAAAGGCAAUUUUCUCUCA